UGUUUCGGUUCAAUGUCUUCUUCAACCUUAGGUGUUCUCUCUCUUCAGCCCUUAAAGUUCCGAACUUUGCUUCCUUCGAUCCACAGCCAGAAGAUCUCCUAACAGUUUUUCUGAGUUCUGAACUCUGAGUUUUAUUUUACUAGGGAUUUUUUCAUUAUUUUUAAAUCAUGUAUUUGGUAAAUCCCAAUUCUCAGUGCGAAUAUAUGUGAAAUUAUUGCAUCUAUAAUUUCCAGAGUUUCUGAAGGUGAGUGAGUCAAGAAGAAGAAAAAGAAGAAGGAAUGGGUGCUCAGAGAAAAGGUGCAACUAGGGCAGAGGACUCCGAUGAACUUGCACGCGUCCCUUUGCAGGCCAUCCUCUUGGCUGAUAGCUUCGCCACCAAGUUCCGUCCCAUCACCCUCGAACGGCCCAAAGUAUUGCUACCCUUGGUAAAUGUCCCAAUGAUUAGUUACACCUUGGCUUGGCUUGAAUCUGCUGGUGUUGAAGAGGUUAUUGUUUUUUGCUGUGCCCAUUCCAAGCAAGUGAUUAGUUAUUUGGAGAGUUCUGGGUGGUUUUCCCAGCCAAACUUCUCGGUCACGACGAUAGAGUCCCACAAUUCUGUCAGUGCCGGUGAUGCAUUGCGCUUAAUUUAUGAGCGUAAUGUGAUACAAGGAGAUUUUAUCCUUAUAAGUGGGGAUACUGUGAGCAACAUGUCACUUACUCAGGUGCUUCAGGAACACAGGGAGAGAAAAAAGAAAGAUCCUAAUGCUGUAAUGACCAUGGUUAUUAAACGGUCAAAGUCUUCUCCAAUCACUCGCCAAUCUCGACUUGGUACUGAUGAGCUGUUUAUGGCAAUAGAUCCUAAUAGUAAGCAGCUUUUAUAUUACGAGGACAAGGCAGACUAUUCAAAAGGGGUCAUAUGUCUUGAUAAGUUGCUGCUCACUGAUAAUUCAUCAAUUUCUUUGCAUAAUGACACACAGGAUUGCUAUAUUGAUAUCUGCUCACCAGAAGUGCUCAGCCUUUUUACAGACAAUUUUGACUAUCAACAUCUACGGCGCCAUUUUGUUAAGGGAUUGCUUGUUGAUGAUAUUAUGGGCUACAAAAUAUUCACACAUGAAAUUCACUCGAGUUAUGCGGCUAGAAUUGAUAACUUUCGAAGCUAUGACACUAUUAGUAAGGACAUAAUUCAGAGGUGGACAUACCCAUUCGUGCCAGAUGUUAAAUUCGGUGGGAAUUCUGCCACUAAACUGGAGAGACAGGGGAUGUAUCGAGCAUCAGUGGUGCAAUCGCGGUCUGCAGAAAUUGGUCCUUUUACUGUCAUUGGAAUUGGUACCAAAAUUGGGAGUAACACUAAAAUUUCAAAUUCAGUUGUUGGGGAAGGAUGUACUAUAGGAUCAAACAUCUCAAUAGAAGGUUCUUAUCUUUGGAAUAAUGUCACUAUUGAAGAUGACUGUAAGCUAAUGCAUGCUAUAGUAUGUGAUGGAGUGGUUAUGAAGUCGGGAACAGUCUUGGAACCUGGUGUAGUUUUGUCUUUUAAGGUUGUAAUAGGGCACCAAUUCGUUGUUCCUUCAUACUCAAAGGUAUCUUUACAUGAACAGCCGAUUAAGCAAGAUAGUGACGAGGAGCUGGAGUAUGCCGACAAUAGCAGUGGGAUCGGGGAACCUUCAUCAAUUGCAGGUACGGUGGAUAAGUCAAAUGGGGUGAUGUCAUCCCAAUUAUCCGAGGAACAAAGUCAGCCUACAGACGAGCUUGGUACUGGUGGAGUUGGAUAUGUUUGGUCAAUAUGUGAAGGAAGCCACGAAGAAGAAUGGAGGCAUUCAAUUGCACCAAUUCCUGCAGAUAAACUUGCUGAGGCAAUGCAAACUACAGAAGAUGAUCUAGAGUUGAUCACUCAAGAUGGUAGUGUUCUCCCAGCUUCAGGAGAGUUGAAACCUGACUGCAUCGAUUCAGAUGAUGAUGAUAAUGAAGAUUCUAGAGAUGACUCUAUCGACUUUGAGAAAGAGGUUGAAGCAACUUUUCUACGGGCUGUGCAUGAAAAUAUUAAAGAAGACAAUGUAAUCUUAGAAGUGAACUCAUUGCGGUUGUCGUACAAUAAGUUAUUCGCCGAAUGUGCUGGAGCUAUAUUCUAUUCAAUGAUGAAAUUGGCAUUAGAAACUCCGCAUACUUCAGCUAGUGAAUUAUGUAAUAAUGCUGUGAGCAUAAUUACAAAAUGGAAAAAACUUCUGAAGUCUUACCUGAAUGACAUUGAUGAGCAGAUAGAAGUAAUACUAACAUUCGAAGAGAUGUGUUUGGAAUCUGCCAAGGAAUUCUUUCCGGUGUUCGCAAAGAUUCUAUGGCAUCUUUAUGAUAAAGAUAUUAUACAUGAAGAAGCUGUGCUAAAGUGGGAUGAUGAGAAAAAAGAUGCUGAUGAUUCAGAUAAAGUUUUUGUUAAGCAGUCAGAAAAAUUCAUUCAAUGGUUGAGAGAGGCAUCAGAAGAAGAAGAAGAGGAAGAAGGAGGAGGAGAAGAAGAAGAAGGAAAUCAGGAGUGAGUCAAUCCAUAGAUCUAAUUUUGGGGGUGGAAUAUGUUGUCAUGGAUAUCGAAUUAUUGUAUCAUCUUUCGGGGUUGUGGUACUGUGGAGUUGGGGAUAAAUGAAGGUCUUUUACCUUGUUUAUAGAGAGAGAUUUGAUUUCGAGUUUAAUGGCCUAUCAAAUUCUCUUUGUACUACAGUGGCUUUAAAUCACAUCGGAUAAUCACAACCAAAUAAAUGGAAGAAAUAACCUUGCUGGCAA